CAGAUGACGUUGCUGCGUGGUGACGUAAGCACUGCGCAAAGAACCAGGUGGGAGGGGUCGGUCGCCAUUUUCAUCUCUCAUCGGAGGCACAGAGAGCGAGAGGAGGUAAUUGGUACUUGCUCAGGCUGGGUGCAGGCUGUCUAGUGGGUCGCGUAGGGCAUCUAACCCUGUGAUGUUGGCUGUGAUUACACGACACGUUUCUCGGUUAGACCCAUUAAGCAGCAGCUGAAGGCAACUGCCCGGGGGGGGGCUGACAUAUUAAUCUUAGAAAAUAUAUUUUUCUUCCAUGUUGGGUGACAGGCUCGGUAUAAUAUGGGGGGGGUGACAGGCUCGGUAUAAUAUGGGGGGGUGACAGGCUCGGUAUAAUAUGGGGGGGUGACAGGCUCGGUAUAAUAUGGGGGGGUGACAGGCUCGGUAUAAUGGGGGGAGUGACAGGCUGACACGGUUAUGACACUGUUGCUUGCAUUAUUAAACUUUUUCUAGUUAUGUUAUUGUUGUGAGCAUGUACAUGUUCAAUCAAACUGUUUAGAUUUAAAGAGUACCAAUCUACGCUUCUUACAGAAGUGCUUGAUAAAUCCCAGGUCGCCAUGGCGAUUAGGAAUUUUGCCUGGGUGGUUGUCAGCCUCUUUUGCAGCACGUAAUCAGCCCCCACCAUCCCGCGGAGGUCAGAAAACACCUAUUUGAGCCAAGCGAUUGAGGGAGCUGUGAUCUUCCUGCUCUGUCGCACGCCUUGCUGUGGUCACGGGAGCCGAAAUCACUAAACAGUGCGGAGCAGAACAAGAAGAUUUUGAAGGGAAAUAAUCUAUUCCAGCUCUCCCAAAGAUAAGGAGGCUGGGAAGGCCUAAAAGUGCGGCUACCUGUGGAUGUCUGCCCUCUGCGAUCUAAUGUGAAAUGUGUUUUUAACCACGUCAUGACAGUCUCGCCCUGGUUUGCCUUGCAUCCAUGGCUGAGAUAAUCUUGAUCUCAGCCAAUCCAAUGCUUCCCAGAGGAAAGCAUUGAGAGGCUACUGCGUAAGCAUGGUAAAGUCAGCAGGGACCAGCAUAGACACCAGAAUUAAGCUCUAGUGGUUCUAAGACUGUAGUGUCAUUUUAGGAAUUGUAUUUCUGUUGAAAAUAAAACUUCAUGAAUUUAAAAAAGGGAAUAAACCUGGCUCCUAACACUUUAAGUUUGCACCUAUAUUCCAAACAAAUUUGUCAAGCCCUGGCUUUACAGUAUUCAUUACCUUACAAUGUGCUUAUUUUCACAAGUAUGUGUUCAAUCUGCUUUUUCUGUGCUGUUCAGUAAUGCUAUUUUCUCUAUAGGCAGCCUGCCUUUUAUUAGGCGGCUGUUUGAAUACCCUGCCCGUUACUCUGUUCAUCUCUCACAACUAGUUGGAUGGCCCCUGAACUAAAAUAUUUCCCCUAGUGCAUUUUCAAUGUUAUUUUUGUUUGAAAUUCCCUCCCUCUUGUGCAGUACAUUCCAUCUGUGCAUGGGUGAGACUAGGCUUACAUCUUUACUACCUGCCUUGUAUGUCUGCUAGUUACCAAGGAGUCAGCAGGACAAAAAAUGGUUCUAACUUAAUCAUUCAUUCCAGCUGUGGGAUCUCUUUACUGCAAGCCAUCAGUUACUGUAUUAUUAAACAGUCUUCUUAAGUAUUUAGUACUGCUUACUUUGCAGUAAUGAUCGGAGAAAUGUUUUUCUUUAAAAUCUGUAGUACAUGAGAAUGUAGUAAUGUCUCUGCAGAAACUUACAUAGAGAAAAAAGAGGCAUAGAAAUGCACAGGCAGCUGGAAAACAAUACAGUAUGUAGUUUGGCACUGUAUCUGCUUCUGCUGUUAGAAGCAGCUUAAUUCCCUGUGCCACAAGAAUUGUACAGUAAAGGAGUUGCUUAAUUUUUAAGUUACAAUCGGUGUAUUUUGUUUGGCACCCUUUAUUUCCUCACUUUUCUUAAGGGGUGAGCCAAUGGAACUUCUAUCUGUUCACGUCUGUGGACUCUAAGGAUUCAACACCCAGUGUAUAGACAAAGAGCAGGCAAAUUCAUUUUUGUCCCUGCCCCUUGACAACAUAGUGCACAGUAUCUGUGCUCCGUAUCCUCUGUGUCCUGCCAGAAGCUUCCUCCCACUCUGAAAUUUUGUAAUGCUACAUUAAAGGGUUACUUCAGCCACCAAAACCACUAAAGCCUGCUGUAGUUAUGAUGGCAGGAUUAACUGGGCAAUGAGAAGACCGUUUUUACAACUGUUUCCGUCUUACCUUUUGUCUCUCCUGGAUGCCAUGGGUCCCCUGUUCAGCAGAAUUACAUCCGUCUUCUACACAAGCUGAAUGCUUAUCCUGCUGUCUAUUGACAGUGUCAUUUGACAUCUUUCAGCAAAUUAAUGCAAUUCUGUGCAUAGAAAUAUGCACAUCACUGUCAUUAGCCAGCCCAGAAUUCUUGUUCUAAGCUCGCUAAUAGCACCCCAGUAAUGCUGGAGGUGGAGUUAAACCUCCAACUGCAAAGGGUUUAAACUGUGUAUGUGCAGAGUUUUUUAAUAUAGCAGCAUGACUAAUACAAAUCACAAGUGGAUAUGGUGUCUGGAGUAACAGUUUAAGGUGUAGACGUUCAGCAAGUCAAUUACCAGACUGUCCUGCCAAACCUCAGACAUCUGGCAAUAGUUGCCCAGUUGGGACAAUCUGACGUUUUAAUUGACGUUCUCGUUGCUCCUUUUCCUUUCACUCGAUGAGUGGGUCGUUUGUUUAUUUAUUUUUUAUUUAUUUUAAAAGUGGACUAAACUUUUGUUUAUUUUAAAAGUAGGCAGAACAAAAAAAAAUCAAGUCAUAAAUUACAUUUCAUGAUACAUCAGAAGUUACAUACCAACAUAAUUACAAUUAAUUAAAAUCUUAAUAUAAAAUCUAUUUAUUAUAUAAAUAUUUUUGACACCUAUUAAACCUAGAUUUGGGAAUGCUGUUUGACCCAACAUCUAGUAUAAUUGUUAGUCUUUAAUUCUUGGAUACCAUGAUUGUGUGUGUGUGGUUUGUUUUUUGUUCCCUCUCUUCUAAGAAGGGAGGAGUAGGUGUGCUGCAGAACCCUGAUAUUUCCUACUCUGGUCAUAAUCUAAUUGUUCAGGCGCUUUAGAAUAUUUUCUUUAGAACUUUGACUUUUUAUUUUUCUUUACAGGAAUACUAGAGAGUUAGAAAUACAUGUUUAUUUUUCUAAUGCAAGUGUUCCCUGCACUAUAUAGAUUUUGUAGUGAGUGGGGCUUAGUUUAGGACCACAUAAAUUAAUUUUUUUCCAUAAAUUGAUGACCCUUCUCCAGUGUUCUAAAUUCUAGUUUGAUAUAGAACAGUCUUCCCUAUAUUAUAAACAUUACUUUGUUUAGUCAGCAGCGACUCCAAACCCAUGUCUCUGCAGAACCUCCCAAUUUCCUCUAAAUUCAGCAAUUUCCAUUGAAUUCUGUGGAUCCCACCCCUUCCUUCCUUCAUGCAGCUGUGCAUCCAGGGGAACUCAGAAUGCCGACAUUUUCUUGCUGAUCUACUUAACUUUUUUGCUUAUGGUUGCAAUGCAGAUGAGAUCUGUAGAUGGUGAUUUUGGGUAAGCAGCAGAACCUGGUUGUUUGUUUUAUACUGCAAGUGCAUAUCACAGUUACUAUGUUGGUAAUGAGUACAUAGUGCAAGAUUUGGGCAGGAGAAAUUCUGAUCACAUUGACAAUUUUGUUAGGAUACAUGCCUCUAGUAAGGCGUUGCAUAAAUUACUGAUUAGCUGCUCAUGAAAGUAAGAUGUUUUAUUUUUUUUACACAUUGAUGUAUGCCUUGGUUUAAGAAGCUGGGAAUCCCUAAUCUAGAUAAUACUAUAAUUUACUUGAUAAUUUGAUUAAGAUUUCACUUUGUGCCAAUAUUUGUAUCUAACGUUUUACUCUUUCUUAGGUCUGUAUUAACCAUCAUGGGAAGGAAAAACUGAGCUGUAGCCACCAUGAUUGGAGGACUUUUCAUCUAUAAUCACAAGGGGGAGGUCCUUAUCUCCAGAGUGUACAGAGAUGACAUAGGGUGAGAGUCUUUAAAAUACAUUUUUAUUUUAACAGAUUUAGUGUGACACACACCUUGUCCCUAUUUCUGCCUAAUGAAGUCAUUAGGAGUGUAGCCAUGUGUUUUUAAUGUAGCAUGGAAUCUAUGGCAUGUAAUGUGAGUUUUAAUUGGUUGUGAAGCUUCUGGUAGCAAACACAUGGCUGAAUUUAUUGCAUGGUGAGUAGGUACUAUGAACAAAAAAUUUUUUUUUUGUAUUUAUAUGAAUAAGCAUUUUAACUUGAACCAACAUUAUAUAUAUUUUUUUUUUUUUUAAUUUGGCUUUAUUCCCAUAGAAUGACUUUCUGAAAGAUUGUAAUGGUGGUAAAGACAAGUAUGUAGCCACAAAUUAAUAAUGGUUUGCUUUUUUCAGAGAGUCUUUGCUACUAGGAAUCUGAUACCAAACAUGAGGCAAAAAGGCCCUUUUUUUUGUGUGUGCAUGUUUUAAAUUAUUGCUCUGUAAUAGUAGAUUUUUUUUUUUUUUUUGCAUGAUGCUUAAGAUACACUGUUUCAAAUUGAGCUAUUUGGAAGCGGGAAACUUAAAUGUGUGAUGCGUAAAUCAAAUGCUCUCUUUGAGCAGCAUUUAAUUAAAUACAUCUGACUUAUUACUGCAAUGUAAAUAUUGCAGUUUCUCGGAAAUUGCAGUGGUUUACAUUGCAGGGUUAAUGGGACGGACACCUCACCGAGAGCACUUCAAUAAGAUCAAGUGGUCUUGGUGCCUAUAAUGUCCCUUUAACGUUGCUGUAUCUACUAAACAGCAGUGUUAGAUUAGUGUUGACAUGACAAUGAAUCAAGACUACUAAAUUGAAUCUUUAAGACCAAUGGUGCACAAGAGUUUAAAACUGUUUCAUCCUUCAAAGUCUUAGUGAGGAAUGAGUCCUACAGCUUCAUGUAAGUUUUAUGGUGAGUAUAGCAUGUCCCUGCAGGCUUUUUACAGUAAACACUGUCUUUUCAUAGAAAAGGGGUUUACAAUACAGCCUAGGGGGAAACGCCACUGGCCACUCCUCAGAUGGCUUCUAGAGGUGCUUCCUGGGGCAGUGCUGCACACCUCUGCAUGGAGACACUAAACUUUCCUCAUAGAGAUGCAAUGCUUCGAUGCAUCUCUGAGGAGAUUGGCCAGGGCAGUGUUUAGCACCACUGCUCAGCCUGCCUCUUUGGCUGAAAUCUUCAGAAUUAACUAUUUCAGCCAAUACACUGCUUUCCUAUGGGAAAGCAUUGUGAUUGGGUGAGAUCAUCACUUCUUAUGUCAGCCAAGGACGCAGAUCAGGGGCAGGUCCAGCGCCAGCAAUCUGGAAUAAAGGUAAGAUUUUACUAUAUUUAAGGGUGGCUUAGUUUGUGUUCCUCAACCUAUAGUGUUCCUUGUAGCCAUAAUUCAUUAAUAGUAUGGCUAGGUGGAAACAUUAUUUUAUUUUAAAAAAUUUUUGCUGCCGGGUAAGAACAACACGUUUGUAAACUCACGAUCACUAUAACCAGCCCAACAAUAAUAUAAAACAUCAGCAUGGCAUACAGAGAGAAAGCAAAAAAUUUUUUAAAAUAAGAGUAAUAAUCAGGCUAAUUACGUGUGUUCAGACUGUGUACACAAUAAUGCAAGUAAUCGUUUAAAUUGUAUUAGACACAGAGACUGAACGAGUCAGAAGCCACCAGCAUAUCGAUCUAAACUAGAAUUCAGCAAUACAGGCUUAUUAAGAGUUAAGUCACAGGUUAGAGCAGAGGAACUGUGUCUCAAGACAACCGAGGAUUGCCCUCUGAUAGCUGGGGCAAUUUCUUAAUAAAUGAUAAGAAGCAGCCUCAUGCAAGCUGAACAUCAAUGAGGCAUGUAUACGGUUAUCAUAGCGAUCGAAUGAGCUCGGCUGAUACCUCCCAGGGGUUUAGCGUAGCCCUGCUGCAAUCUGGCUCUGUUAGUGCUGCAGUCUCUUUGCGGCAAUCAAGGAGGUAUGGCAGGCAAAGCCAAAGUGGAAGUAAUGUCUCUUGUUGGGACCUGUCCUCUUGGGUAGACACUAGGGUAGGUUUGUGAGGGUUGAUAUCCAUUGGUUGUUUGAGUGCUACAUGCGCUUGCUUGAUGUGUCUCCGGCUCCUCCACCAUAUCCUGGCUCGCCCCAUGACCGGAACACAGGAUUGUGUGUGGUAAGUGCCGAACUGGGGGUUUGUCAUUUUUGCUUAGCAGGCUUCCGCUGGUAUCAGGCCAGCCAGUGCCAGAAAUCUGCAAAGAUUAUGUAGUGUGGAGCGUCGGUCUCCCGGCACAGGCAAUUUGACAUGUGGCCUCUGAGCUUUGGGUCGACAUGGCUGUAUCUUGGACUCAUGGUGUCUCCAUACUAAUAGGGGCCACAGGGUAUGGAGGGAGGCAGAGCCAGUUCCAUGUAGCCUCAUGCUUCUGGCAGGGCACUGUUAGCAGUGCAACAGCCGGCCGCCCGCCCCACACACGGCACAAGCAGUCCUCCUCUCUGACGAGGAACGAGACUGCUGGAUCACAGGAAAUUCAACUGCAAAUAAUUUGUUGGCUGCCUAUGUGAAAUGAUUCUGCGAUCAGUGCAGAAGGGAAGUGAAGUUGAGUCAGGUUGCUUUGCAGGGCUUCUCCCACACUACCAAGAUUUCAGUUCUGUAGUGGCAUUUCUAAUUUCACCCAUGUUGUGAAUAAAAGCAAGAAGGGUGUUAUUCAAAGAUGGCACACUAACUAUGAGUGAUCAGAUUUAGUCCUUUUGAAUCUACAUGUAACAUUACCUGACAAAACCCUAAAAUAUUUCCCAUAAUUUUCUACACAUAGUCUGCAUUUGUAAUGGGGGCAUUCUUUACUAUAGUCUGGCCUUCAUAUCAGAUAUUGGUUCUGAGCUUCCACUUAUAGAAAAUUGUUGCUACCUAGAUCUUUCACAAAUAUAUUGCCUUUAUAAAGAAGGGGACCAAUAAGAGGUUGCAGUACAUAUCAGCCAAAGGGCUCCUCCAAUGAAGGUUAUUGUGCAGGAAUCUCAAACAUUUUUAAACAGUUGAACGGUAAAUAAAGGUCCCUGGACACUCACAGCCCAGCUCCUAUUAGAGAUGUGGUUAAAGCAGAGAAUAAACAUAUCCGUUUAGCCAUAUUAAUUAAUGCUUCCUAGUUGGUGCUGGGGACUUGUGUAUAUAAUUAAAGGGACACUAUAUGCACCCAGAACAUUUCAUCUCAUUGAAGUGGUCUAGUUGCAGUGUCCCACUGCCCUUAACACUGCUGUAUAAAACAAGUGGGCUCCAUUUCCUGUGUCAAGGAGAAGGGAGUACUUUCUUUGACACAAAAAAUAAAGCUAACGUAAAGCGGCAAUGUCACGGGCGAAUCCAAUUUUUUUGUUUGUUUUUUUUUGUUUCUGUAUUUUAAAUAACCUUAAUCUGAACCUAGAUUAAUUUGAAGGCUUUUAAUGGGAUUAGUUUAUUUCUUUCUGAACUCUCAAUAUGAUGUCUUGUCAGAAGUGACUGCUUUUUAUUUCCCUUACAGUUUAAAAGUCUACUUUGAGACAAAAAUGGCGCUACGUGUUUUGACCACUGAUUUUUAGAGGCUUAGAUUUUUCAGUAUCUAAAUCUGACAUAUUUUAAAGGACCGCUAAAGUGCCAGGAAAACAUACUCGUUUUCCUGGCACUAUAGUGCCCUGAGGGUGCCCCCACCCUCGGGGUCCCCCUCCCGCCGGGCUGGAUGGAGAGGAAGGGGGUUAAUCCCUCACCUUUCUCCAGCGCCGGGCUCCCUCGGUGCUGGAGACUCUCCUCUUUCUUUCCUGUCAUCGGCUGAUUGCGCAUGCGCGGCAAGAGACGCGCGCAUUCACCCAGUCUCAUAGGAAAGCAUUUCUCAAUGCUUUCCUAUGGACGCUGGAAUCUUCUCACUGUGAAAAUCAGUGAGAAGCGCGGAAGCGCCUCUAGCGGCUGUCAAUGAGACAGCCACUAGAGGCUGGAUUAACCCAAAUGUAAACAUUGCAGUUUCUCUGAAACUGUUAUGUUGACAGCAGGAAGGGUUAAUCAUAGGUGGACCUGGCAGCCAGACCACUUCAUUAAGCUGAAGUGAUCUGGGUGCUUAUAGUGGUCCUUUAAGAUAUUGUGCCUAGCUGCGCAGGUUACACUGAAAUAUUGCAGAGACUUAAAUCACUUCAGACCCUUCUAAGUUAUGAUCUUUGCAUGUUUUCCUGCUGCAUUUUCUUGCAUUAGAGGUCCCAUUUCAACAUUGAAAAGAAUACUACUUGAUGUAAAAUGCAUUACUGGAAAAUGUGGCAUGUGCCAUGGGUAUGUGGAGUUCAAAGGUGCAUCUCUGAAGGAAUGAAGAGUUCUAUGCAUUGCUGUUUUCUUGGUGUCUGCAGUUUUUCGUAUUUUUUUUUUUCUCUAACCCUUUUCUUUCAUUGCUGUCACUGUCCUUUCCCUUGCUGGUGUCAUCUCUUUUCAUCUCAUCUCCUCAUUGGCUGCUGUAGCAAUAGGUAAGAUCAGUUCUGCUGCUGCAGCCUGCCCUCUAGUGGCUGCUGUUUGCGUCUUUGCCCAUGCAAUAGUGUAGGUCUUUGAAGUUUUUGUCUUUAACAUAUUUCUAACCUGGUGGCCUCCAUAUUCUAACAUUAAAUGUGAACUACACGUCAUUGUCUAUGUAUUACUUGUGUACUAACAAUCUCAAAUUCACUCAUCACUACUAGAGACCCAGUAUACAACCAUUCUUAGAAAUGGUCAAACAACUCGCACCAGCUCUCUCUUAGGCAUUAAAUUGCCUUACUAUGUAGCUCUGAAUUACUUCUGGUAUGUUGAGGUGUUCAUUACUAAAUUGUCAUUAGUGGGAUACGUUUAACAGAAUGAAAAACAGAGGUUCUAUGGGUCUCUAAAGCUAAUGAGUGCCAUUUUUCUUAGAAAUUCGUUUUUUGUUUUGUUUUUUUUGUUAAGCAUAUGGAUAUAUAUGGUGAUGAGGUGCUAAUGUUUUGGGUAGUACAAAUAUUCAAGAGUUCUGGAAACAUGUAGGUGUAUUUCAGGGAUUGAGAAAUUAAGAAUUUAGGACCUAGACAUGCCUUCUUUGUUGCUAGUCAGAGAUAUUUAUUUCCUUAUAUCUGUGUCUACCUUAAGAUAUUAGAAACCAUUUUUAGGAGGCAUAUAUUCCUAGAUUCUGGAGUUUGUCAAGCCCUGAUGUACACAGUGUGAUAUGUUAACAUGUAACCCAGCAAAUAGGUUUUACCUUCUGUAAACAGUCUUAUAAUUUUGUACAACACUAGUUAUCUUAAGGCUUUUUUAUUUAUUUAUUUUUCACUCUAUGAAAGUAUGAAAUGCUGAAUUUUAUGUCUAAGUGCAUAUAUUGAUCUAGUCUGUUUCUAAAAUGGUUUUCUCCACCUUCUGCUCUCAUUGAUGGAAAGCCAACCAAGUUCUCUUAAGCUGUAGAACAUGGGCAGUCAACCUGGUCCCUACCGCCCACUACUGGGCGGUUUGGGAUUUCAAGUGGGCGAUGGUGGGUUCUGCAAAAAAUGUCCAGUGGGCCUCGCUUGCCAUGGAACAAGGCCAGCAGGGGAGAUCCUUUCAUCUCCCCUGCUGGCCCAUGCAGAGACAGCCUUGCUGGUGAGGAAAGCUCUCCCUCUCUCGGGCUGCUAAGGAAAUCAAAGAUCUCCCUCACUGGGCUGCUGGCACUUAGUUCCAGCAGAGGGAGGGAAGGGCCUGGGAGGCUCUGUGAUCCUCCCGUGAGCAGGUUGGAUGGAGUGCUGCCGCACAUUACCAUGUCAACACUCCAAUUCAGCGCUGUGCUCGCAGGAGGACAGGAGAGUCAGCCUGCAGCUGAAGGAGCUGCAGACUCCUGUGAACAUGCCACCACUGGACCACCAGGGCUUGCAGCGUUAUGUCUCCCGCCUCCCUCUGGUAAAAGCUAAGAAAAAGGGAGAGAGAGACAUUAAGAUAGAUUUUCACAUCUCACUUACGCACUGUGCCCCUCACUCUCACUGCACCCUUUAAGUACGUAUGUUUUUUUUUCUUUUAAAAACCCUCAUUUAGAAAAAGAAAAAUCGCACUUGCGCUAUAAAAUUAGUUACUGUGGCACUGGUGGGCAGUAAGGAAAUUUUACCAUCAACAAAGAUUCAAAAGUGGGCGGUAGGUAUUAAAAGGUUGACUACCCCUGCUGUAGAAGUUUGUUGGUAACAAUGCACCCUUUCAUGGAGAGGAAACUUGUGUUGACUUAAUAAAUUUUUGUUUUGCCUUUUACUGAGCUUACCAUAAGAAAAAUGGUGUUUGGAACUUUUUAUUAAAAACAAUGCUGUUUAAUGCCCUAUCACAACGUGUGUGUGUGUGUGUUUUUUUUUUUUGUUUGUUUUUUUUUUUUUAAAUGUCUCUGCUCUUUCCCUCAUGUGUAGGCGGAAUGCAGUGGAUGCUUUCCGGGUCAAUGUCAUCCAUGCUCGACAGCAGGUGCGCUCUCCAGUCACCAAUAUUGCUCGCACUAGCUUCUUUCAUGUCAAGCGCUCGAACAUAUGGCUCGCAGCAGUCACCAAGCAGAAUGUCAAUGCUGCAAUGGUGUUCGAGUUCCUCUACAAGAUGUGUGAUGUUAUGACAGCCUACUUUGGGAAGAUCAGUGAGGAGAACAUAAAGAACAACUUUGUAUUGAUUUAUGAGCUGCUGGAUGGUAAGAAAGUGAGGCGGUUGUGAUUUAUCAUUACUCAGACAUUAGUACAUGUCUUUUUAACACUAGAUUGAACAAUUUAAAUAGUUGAGAUGCUUAGAUUUUGAUGCAAAGUAGCUUGUGUUUUAAUAUAUGGAGUGUGGUGAGGUCACGUUCACUCUAAAUUCCUUCUGAAAAGGCAGACUGAAAUCCUAAGUACUGUAACAUUGGUUCACCCUGCAUGAGAUGUGAUUGGGCACUUACACUGUAAAUUCUUAAUUGAAGCUGCUGCAGUCUUUCCACUGAGUUGGCAUAAUAUUUUGGAACUGGGGGAUUUUUUUGAAAAACAAUGAAAGAAAAUUUACACAAGCAGGAACAUAUAAUACUUGAACCAGGGGUGGCUUUGUAUUUUUUUUUAUUUUCUGGGGGGGGGAAGGGGAUAUAUUUAAAGCACCAAAACUGUAGCAGCUUAGGUGUAUAGAUCACAUCUUGACCGUUUAAUUGCUAAAUUCUGUCAUUAAGUUGUUAAAUCACUUUUGUUUCUGUUUAUGUCUGGCUGUGACACUCACAGCUUUUAUGAAAACAAAUUGAUUUUAAUCCCCUGCUCUGUUUAAACUUUAAUCACACACAGGAGGCUCCUGUUUGCUCUAGCAGGCUGUUAACAGAACAGGAGAAAAUAUUAUAUAAUUAAACAGACUGUGCAAUGAACAAGGUUUUAAAUAUUAGACCCCCUCUUUACUGGAAAUUCAUAUGUAGACUGUGUGGGUCACAUGCAGGGAAGGUGUGACUAGGGCUCCGUUAAUAUAGUAAUUUUAAAUCCUAAAUGGCUAUUGGAUCAUGCCCAUGCAGUCUCACUGUUCAUACACCAAAAUCCCUCCAUUAAUCUAAAGUAGUUUUUAGCUUAGUUUACUUUUACAAAAUACUUAGAGAAUUCUAUGCGUAUCCUAGAAACCUCCGGAUGCCCUGGGUUAAUGGAAUGAUAUGUUUCUGUUAGAAACUGCGCAACAAGUAGUGGUUCUGGCUAAUAAUUUAAACUGUGAAACUGAAAUUUACUACCUCAAAUUAGAGGAAACUUAAACAGCAGUCACUAGAGGUGUUAACCUUGCAAUGAAAACAUUGCUGUUCCUGCAGAUCAGUAAUAUUAUUGGUUGCCGUUGACAUUGAGCUGGCGUCCAGUUCAUUAAAGUUAUAGUGGGUUUUCCUGGCACUAUAGGCUCUUAGAGUGCCCCCCUCCCACUGGGCUGAAACAGUUAAAACCCUUUCAGCCACUUCCCUAAAUCCAGUGCUGGGUCAGGCUCUGCCCAUGUUCCUCCCCCACCAUCAGCCAUCGGAGAGACCUAAUGCGCAUGCACGGCAAUGACCACGCGUGCUUUAGACCUCCCCAUAGGAAAGCAUUAUUCUAUACCUGGGAGGUCACUGAAGGUGUAUGCUUAUUCUAUGCUUUCCUAUGGGGGAAAUCUGACGCUGGAGGUCCGUGAUGAUGUCCAGCGUCAGAUAACGGAUCAAAAGUCCGUUUUGGAUUCCGAAAGCUCUCUAGUGGCUGUCUGGUAGACCGCCACUGAGGGCAGACUUAGAGCUGCAAUGUGAACAUUGCAGCACUAAGUGCAAAAGGGUCACAGCACCCAGACUACUUCAAUUAGCUAAAGUGGUCUGAGGGCCUACAGGUCCCUUUAAGGGGUUUGGGUGCCUAUAGAGUAAUUCUCACUGUUUCUUGGAAAUAGGGGAAAAUGGUAUUCAGGUAAAGGUUUGAAAAUGUUAAAACUGUAUACCUAUGUUGAUCUGCUGCUUAAUAUGCUACUUUUAGAUGCAUCUUUGCACCUAACCUACCAAUAAAAUUCACAAAGGCUUAGCUUCUCCCCUUUUGUUCAACAAAACCAUACACAAUGGUAUUUACUGGUAUGAAUGAGCCAUAAAAACUCUAUCUCCCCUUACACGCACACAUUUAUUACUAUAAAGGAAAUGUGAAAAGCUGCUUUGUAAAAUGUAUUUUUAUUCAUCUUGCCUAAAAGAAGAAGAAAAUAUAUAUAAAAUGUUUCAUUUAUACAGAGAUCCUAGACUUUGGUUACCCUCAAAACUCUGAGACAGGAGCCCUGAAAACAUUCAUCACACAACAAGGGAUUAAAAGCCAGGUAAUUGUAUUUGCAUGCCAUAGUACUGGUAAGGCGCAAACCUUUUCUGUCGUUGUGCGGAUUUAUUUAUUUUUGCCCUGAUAACUCAAAUGCAUACUCUGACCUGUGACUAUUCCUUGGUACUGGACCUCUCUCUCCAUGUUAACAUUUGAUUUAUGGUAAUAAACACACAAUAGCUGUGCAUGGAAAUGUGUUCCCUGUGUUUAGAAUUUAUCUGCUGUUUUUCCUAUGUGCGCUAACUGCAUAUACCAAAAACUCUCCCAGCUGCAGGCUUUAAAUAGACUUGUUUUUAUUCCUUUUUCAUGACCUGCUUUACUCUGCCCGUGUGUUGCCUGCCAUAUUACUUGUCGUCACUGCUUCGUGUGGCUGGAUCUUUAGCAUCAGGUAGGAGCGAGUGGUAUGAGUUUCCAUUUUGUUUCUUGGGAGGUCACUGAAGGUGUAUGCUUAACUUUUUUUAUGUCUUAUGCGUUCCAAAAUGGAAAUGCCUAAACUUAAUUUUUCAUAGGAUUACUAAGAAACAUUAUGUUAAUUUCAUUUUGUUAAACACACCAGCAUCCUAAUUAUGUCUACAAGCAGAUAUGAGCUUUGAUAAAUUAAGCACUGGAUGCUUAAGCGUAUGUAGUAAUCUGAUGGUGUCCUAGAACCUUUGAUGCAAUCCAUAGUAACUAUUCUUGCAAAACAUACAAAACGUUGUCUUAUUGAGUUUAUAGAUCACACUUUUCUUAAAUGACCAUAAUUGUGUAUUGCUUUUCUGGUUUUUGCUUUUGCUAAAAUGAACUAAAUAAAAUAGGAGGGGGUCAUAAAAAUUUAAAAUAAAUCCCUGUUUUGUUCAGACCAAGGAGGAACAAUCUCAGAUCACAAGCCAGGUUACUGGACAGAUUGGCUGGAGACGUGAAGGUAUUAAAUACCGUCGGAAUGAGCUAUUCCUGGAUGUGUUGGAGAGUGUCAAUCUGCUGAUGUCCCCACAGGGUGAGUAUAGCUGGUGAGCAUGGGAUAAAGAGGAAUAUGGUUGUAGUUGGCAAUUACUGUUACCAUUUCUGAUACUGUUAAAGGGACACUAUAGUCACCAGAACAACUACAUCUUAGUAGUUAGGGGGAAGGGGGAGGGGGAGCUAGAUGGUGGUUUUAAUACCUAUCCCCAAGUCACAAAUGAAUUGACAAAAUUCUCAAAUGUAAACCUUCUGCUAUGUGUGGCUGCCAAAUGUUUUUUUAUACCUGAUUUGUACAAUAUAGCAGCAUGCAAUGUUCCACUUAAUACACUGAUCAUCCAUUCUUCUCCCCUUCUUCCAUCCUGUUUAGCAUGUAAGCCAUUUGAUGUUCAUACUUUAUCCAUAAACCCCAUGCCCACCCCCCUUACAGAUGACUGAUUUACAUCUUUCUUAUUAUCACACCCAGAUGGAAGCAACUAUGUCCUUUGUUUCACAACUUCUCUAUUCCAUUUGGAGUUCUUAAAGGAUCUUAUUGGACUCCUUUUCUCAUUGCAUAUAAAAAUUGUUUACCAAUUGCUGGCAAUAUGUAACAUUUGUGUAUGCGUGCAGGUGGCUGCAUAUUCUACACUAAAAAUCAGACAUUUUCCAGACCCCUUUUAUUAAAAAUCCAUCAAAAUCCUAAUGCAAGUACAGUGCAACUUUCUAUACUUAAAAAUUAAAAAAUCCAAUGCAACUUUUUCUUUUUAAUUACACUGUAAAAUUUUUUUUUAGAAAUUGUUUAAUGUUGGGGAGAAUCUGUUGCAGUGCUUAACGGAGAUAGCACACUCUCUCGUAUCUGUAGGGUUGUCACUGUGUUUUUUUUUCCUUGUAAAAACUUGUUGGUUUUAAAAAUGUGCAUUUUUUUCAGUGUGGUUUAUCAAUGUGAUUGCGUUCUUUUCUAGGACAAGUGCUUAGUGCCCAUGUGUCUGGUCGUGUGGUGAUGAAGAGCUAUUUAAGUGGGAUGCCGGAGUGCAAGUUUGGGAUGAAUGACAAAAUUGUGAUUGAGAAACAAGGCAAAGGAACUGCAGAUGAAACUGGAAAAACGUGAGUGAGAGUUUUUUUGUUUUUGUUUGUGGGAUUUAAUUUUGCAGACUUUAUAUAUUGACAGUGUUAGAGCAACUAAUCCAGAGUGAGUGAAAAUAAAAUAUCUUUUGCCUCUUCCACUGAAUUGUAUGACAAAAAAGCAGCCACUUUCUUUAGUACUGUCCGACCUAUGGCUUGUGGGAUUUAUGAAAAUAUAUUCUUGUCCACUCAAAAACCAGUAAUUCAGUGUACAAUGACAAUAUUUCAUAUGUAAAUGCAUUUGUAAAAUGCCAACUACACAAUUCUACUUUCAGUGGGAAACAAUCCAUUGCAAUUGAUGACUGUACAUUCCACCAGUGUGUUCGGCUCAGCAAGUUUGAUUCAGAGCGCAGCAUUAGUUUCAUACCGCCAGAUGGAGAGUUUGAACUAAUGAGGUAGGUAUAGUUUGUGUUUGGGUAUGACUUUCCAGGAGCAUUAAAUGAAAUUAGAAAAAGCCAGUGUUUUUAUUCUUCAGUGUCUGCACAAGGGUUGACUAUUUCCUUUUUGACUUGUUUUUGAGGUUGAGCUGAUCCGUGUGCACAGAGAUUUAAAAACUAAACCGAUAAAGUUUGUGAUGCAGUAGUAAUUAGGUAUUUUUAUCUGUACAUAUUCAUAUGUGACUGAAACUAAUUUCCCAAUCGGUGAUCUAAAAUUCUCUUUUUGCAGAUACCGAACCACAAAAGACAUCAUCUUACCUUUUCGUGUCAUCCCUCUUGUGCGUGAAGUUGGACGAACCAAACUAGAGGUGAAGGUGGUCAUUAAAUCAAACUUCAAACCGUCUCUUCUUGCUCAGAAAAUUGAGGUAAGAAAGUUUAAAGAGCACUAUAAUUGUGUAAGAAUCUAUUAUGGGAAUUCUUCACUUCUAUUACUGAUGCAAUUAUCUGUUUGAAAUGCGUAGUUUAUAGAUGUUAACUAUUUUUAUAAAAAGGAACACAAAUCUGUGUUUCUUGACCCUAUAGUGUUAAAAUAACUAGCUCCCCCCCAGUCACCCUCAAUAUAGUAAAAUCUUACCUUAGUUCCUGUCAUUUGGUUAUGGCUCUGCACCUAGUCUGCCUCCUUGGCUGACAUCAGAAGUGAUUAUCUGAGCCAAUCUUCCAUAGUAAAUCAUUGGAAUGGCUGAGAUUGCCAAGGCGUGGGCAUGGGGCAAGGAAUCAAUGCAUCGCUGAGGAAUGUUUGGUGUCUCCAUGCAGAAGGUGACAGAAUGGCAGUGCGCACUGCCCCAGGAAGCACCUCUAGUAAUCUAAAAAUACACUGUUGACUGCAAAAAAGCCUGCAGGGACUGACUACUCACCAGAACUACUUUAAGCUGUAGUUGUUCUGGUGACUAUAAUGUCCCUUUAAGUAAACCUUCAACAAAAUCCCUAUUGAACCACUUCUUGUCAUGCAUUGAUGUGUUCAAAUUGGCUUUUAGCAAAUUUUGCCACAAUGUAUCUUACAACAAAAAAAAUGUAUUGUCCAACUUUGGUACUUAAAUACCAGCAGUGUUCAGGCAACAGGUUCUUUCUCUCAUCCAGUUGUUGGUAAACGUCACCCUCUUUGGAAUGUAUGUUUAAUUCUGCAGGGUCACAACCUGCAUGCUUAGAGUUCAGUGGCUAUAAAGAGAAUAUUCAAUAGAUAUGUCUACAGUCCAUGUUCUUUGUAGCUCUCUACCUUUCAGAGUUUUUUUUUUAUUAUUUAUUUUUUUUAUUUUAAUUUUUUUUUUAGUAAUAUGUAGUUUAGGAACAUUUUUCUAUGCCUGACUGAAUAUACUAGGAUUACAGUUCUGAAUAAACUUCUAAUUUAUCUGUAGAUAUCAUACUAGCCUCUUUAGGCAUCAGCCCUAGAGAGCCUGGUGUAAGCAUAUCCAUAUUUAGCAAGCCUUUUUAAUUGUAAGGUUCCUUCUGCUUUAAUAGACUUCAUUACUGCAUUACUACAUUACUGCAUGCAGACAAUUUGUACAUUCAUCUAAAUUGAUGCUUCUUUUAUUCAGGUUCGCAUCCCAACUCCACUUAAUACUAGUGGUGUGCAAGUUAUUUGUAUGAAGGGUAAAGCCAAGUACAAAGCCAGUGAGAAUGCCAUCGUCUGGAAGUAAGAAACUUUUCAAAAUAAAUUGUAUAUAUUUUUUUAAAAUUAUACUAAAUAUACAGCUUGACCAAGAAGUCUGGUCAGAAGGUCAGAGUUAACAAUUUUACAAAAGUUAAUUUUAAAAGUUUGCUAGAAAAACGUUUAACUUCUCCUCCUGCCUUGAAGUACUCACUUUUAUAAACUUGCAAUUUGCCACUUCAACUUUUAAUAGCCACAGUAAAUGUGGAAGAGUAAAACUGAGAAUAAGAGAACUCUGAGAAUGUGCAAACGCUUUGAGAAACUCUGUAGCUUGCCCUUCAGUUAGUCCUUGCUCAGGUCUCAACAUGUAAAUACAAUCAAAAACAAGGCGAACAGCGCUGAAACUUCAAAUUACAUACGUAACAGGAGAUGGCGAUUUCCAAGAAUAUGUAUCUUAAAACAAAAAGAUUAAAAAAUAGUGCAGUAUAUAAAAUGGUGCCAAAGGUACACUCACGCUUUUAUAGAGCUAUGCAAGCUCUAUUUCAUGGGCAUGGACGGAAUAAUCCCCGUCUAAGGAUAUCUUUAUAGAGGUCUGCAAUGCUUGGUACUUGAGUGGAGGAUGGUCAUCAUAUAUAAAAAACAAAACAAAAAAUGGUAUGUAAAGUGACGGUGACUUUAAAAGGAUAAAAUCUACUUAACCUAGAGCAGGUGUUCUCAAUUAUUUUUUUCCGUGGAACUCUUUGACAUAGUGUAUCAACAUUGUGGGACCCCCCCCCCUGUCUGUGUCAAGGUGUUUGUAUGUGCCAAUGUGUAUCUGUGUCAAUUUGUAUGUAUCUGACACACACUCUCAGAUACAUGCGCAGACUGUGACACAUACACAUCUUGACUCAAAAAUACACACAGUGACAUACACACACUUGCACCCACAGAUACACAUUUACAUAGUUAUAUUCACUCACGUACACACUGAUAUACACUGGCACAUACACACGCUCAGAUACACGCAAUGACCCAUACACAGAUAUACACGCUCACUGGCAAGCGCACACAAUUUUUUACAUUUAUUUUUAUAAAUUUCACUCCACCCAUCCUCCCUACCUUUUGGUAUGGAGUCUCUAUUUCCUUGUGGGGCUGCUAGGCUGAGCGGCCGGUCAUUUUCCUGCUCAGCCCCCUCGCACAUCUCUUAGUGAUGCCGGAGUGCUGUCAUAUUCCGGCUCCGGCAUCACUGCUGUGCGCGCGAGUGAGCUGAGCAGAGAAACAUAGAAAAACAGAAACCUAGAAUGUAGUUUUUCUUCUUUUAAAUGUGGUCUCCUCCUUUACUGGGUUGAUUCCCUUUUAUAUAUUUAAAUGUUUCUAUCAUAUCCCCCCUGUCUCGUCUUUCCUCCAAGCUAUACAUGUUAAGAUCCUUUAACCUUUCCUGGUAAGUUUUAUCCCGCAAUCCAUGAACCAGUUUAGUAGCCCUUCUCUGAACCCUCUCUAAGGUAUCAAUAUCCUUCUGAAGAUACGGUCUCCAGUACUGUGUACAAUACUCCAAGUGAGGUCUCACCAGUGUUCUGUACAAUGGCAUGAGCACUUCCCUCUUUCUACUGCUAAUACCUCUCCCUAUACAACCAAGCAUUCUGCUAGCAUUUCCUGCUGCUCUAUUACAUUGUCUGCCUACCUUUAAGUCAUCAGAAAUAAUCACCCCUAAAUCCCUUUCCUCAUAUGUUGAGGUUAGGACUCUAUCAAAUAUUCUGUACUCUGCCCUUGGGUUUUUACGUCCAAGAUGCAUUAUCUUGCACUUAUCCACAUUAAAUGUCAGUUACCACAAUUCUGACCAUUUUUCUAGUUUACCUAAAUCAUUUGUCAUUUGGCUUAUCCCUCCUGGAACAUCACCCCUGUUGCAUAUCUUAGUAUCAUCAGCAAAAAGACAUACCUUACCAUCAAGACCUUCUGCAAUGUCACUAAUAAAAAUAUUAAAGAGAAUGGGUCCAAGUACAGAUCCCUGAGGUACCCCACUGGUGACAAGUCCAAGCUUCGAAUAUAUUCCAUUAACUACAACCCUCUGUUGCCUGUCACUCAGCCACUGCCUUACCCAUUCAACAAUAUUUGAAUCCAAACUUAAAGAUUGCAGUUUAUUGAUAAGCCUUCUAUGUGCAACAGUGUCAAAAGCCUUACUGAAAUCUAGAUAAGCAAUGUCUACUGCACCAUCCUGAACUAUAAUUUUAGUUACACAAUCAAAAAGAUCAAUAAGAUUAGUUUGGCAUGAUCUCCCCGAAGUAAACCCAUGUUGUCUCUGAUCUUGAAAUCCAUGUGUUUUUAGAUGCUCAGCAAUCCUAUCCUUUAACAUGGUUUCCAUCACUUUCCCCACUACUGAAGUAAGGCUUACUGGCCUAUAGUUGCCCGACUCCUCCCUAUUACCUUUCUUGUAAAUGGGCACAACAUUCGCUAACUUCCAAUCUUCUGGCACUACUCCUGUUAACAAUGAUUGGUUAAAUCUGUUAAUGGUUUUGCUCGUACACCACUAAAUUCUUUUAAUAGCUUUGGGUGUAUUCCAUCAGGUCCCAUUGACUUAUUUGUCUUUACUUUUGACAGUUGAAAUAGAACCUCUUCCUCUGUAAUAAAUGACUCAUUUAUCCUUUUUCUCAACUGAGGUCCCUUUCCUUCAUUUUCAUCUGUAAAUACAGAACAAAAAUAUUCAUUGAGGCAGUCAGCUAGACCUUUAUCCUCUUCUACAUACCUUCCUUUUGUUUUUAAUCUAACUAAUCCUUGUUUUACUUUUCUUUUCUCAUUUAUGUAUCUAAAAAAGUUUUAUCCCCCUUUUUUACUGACUGUGCUAUUUUCUCUACUGUGUGUGAUUUGGAAGCUCUUAUAACUUAGGCUCUUUCUGCCUAAUCUUAUAGAUCAUUUUGUCUUCCUCACUCUGGGUUUUUUUUUUUAUAAUUCCUAAAUGCUAACUUUUUGUUUUCAACUAUUUUGGCCACAUCUGGGGAGUACCACAGUGGUUUCUUGAAAUGUUUGCUUUUACUGACAAGCCUAAUGCAAUUUUCUGUUGCCUUCAAUAGUGCAACUUUUAAAUAAUCCCAUUUCUCUUGGACUCCAUUUAAAUUGCUCCAGUCUGAUGAUGACUCCUCUACCCAUAUUCUAAUUUUAGAAAAGUCUGUUUUUCUAAAGUCUAAAACUUUUUUGUUUUUGUGUGGUGUGACUCAGUCACUGUUCUUAUAUUAAACCACACUGACUGAUGAUCACUGGAUCCUAAACUUUCACCUACGGUAAUAUCUGAUACCAAAUCUCCAUUUGUUAACACUAAAUCUAGUAUGGCCUCUUUACGAGUUGGCUCCUCAACAACUUGUUUUAGAGACAAUCCCAGUAGGGAGUUUAGAAUAUGUGUGCUCCUGGCACAAGUAGCUAAUUUUGUUUUCCAAUUUACAUCAGGAAGAUUAUAGUCACCCAUGAUGAUAACUUCCCCCUUCAUUGUCAUUUUAGCUAUUUCCUCAACUAGUAGAUUAUCUAACUCUUCAAUUUGUCCUGGGGGCGUAUAAAUCACACCUACACGAGUUACUGUGUGAUUACCAAAUUCUAACGUAAACCAAACGGACUCUGUUUGCCUCACUAACUUUUAUUAGGCUAGAUUUUAUGCUAUCCUUCACAUGCAAGGCCACCCCUCCCCCUUUCUUGCCUUCCCUAUCUUUCCUAUAUAAAGAGUACCCUGGUAUUGCUAUGUCCCAGUCAUUUUUCUCAUUGUACCAUGUCUCAGUAACAGCGACUAAAUCUACACUAUCAGUUGCCAUUAUUGCCACAAAUUCAUGGAUCUUAUUCCCUAAACUGUGAGCAUUUGUAGACAUGACUCUAAGCUUAUCAUUUUUUAACACACUUGCUACAGGCACCUUCUGUCCUUGUUUUGGGGGACAAUUGGAUUGAUGUUUUAUCACCCUUUUGCCCCCCUCCUAGUUUAAAUACAUCCUAGCAAAACCUCUGAACUGCUCACUGAGAACAUUUGUUCCCUUUUGAGAAAGAUGCAAACCAUCUUUUUUGUACAGCUUAUCUCCAUUCCAAACAGAGCUACCAUGAGAAAUAAAGCCAAAUCCUUGCUCCCGACACCAUUCACCAAGCCACAAAUUAAAGUCCCUAAUACGCAUCCGCCUGUCGUUCUGAGUGUUAUGCACAGGCAGAACUUCAGAGAAUGACAGUGUGGAAGCAACCUGCCGUAUAUCAUUGGCAAAAAACACUAAAAACUUCCUUAACCUCUGAAACCUCAUUGCAAGCCAAGUCAUUUGUCCCUAGAUGGACAAGUACAUCCAAUUCCCCUUCCUGCUUUGCUUGCUUAACAAUAUUACAGAUACGUCUCCUGUCUCUGUGAGCAGUAGCUCCGGGAAGACACCUCACAAGACCACCAUUAUCCAUCUCCACACCUCUUAUAAUGGAAUCCCCCAACAACUGCUUUCUAUUAGGCCUCACCAUAGUCUCCAAGCCGGUCUCCACAACACCACUAGUCCCAGUGCCUCCUCCACAGCACCACUGUAUGUCUUUGCCACUGUUUUGUGAAGCUACAGUGCCACAUAGGCGGCCUGUCCAUUUCAGUAUUUACAGUAGAAUUUUAAUAGAUGGAUUUAAUGGGCCUAUGUUUCAAUUUGGGGUAUUAUAGCAGUUUGACUGUUCAAAAAAAAAAAAACACAAUGACCUACCAUUUGUAAAAGUAGACACUCCGAGAUAUCUAUUUUUUUUUUUUACCAAUAUACGUCAAAGUAGGUAGUAAAUAAUUGUUGGCUUUUUUACAUACGUAUUACAUUUUUGCUGGGCAUAUUGUAUAUUUGAUAUGUGCCACCAAGAUCAAAGCCCCAAAAUUAUGUUCAGCUAAGUCUUCUAAGUAAAAGGAUACCCCCAAUUAAUGUCUUUGGCACACUUUCGUGAAGCUACAGUGCCAAAUAGGAGAACUGUCCAUUUCAGAAUCUACAGUAGAAUUUUGAGACUGAUUAGAUGGGCCCAUGUUUCAAUUUGGGGCAUUAAAAACCCAUAAAGGCCUAACAUUUGUAAAAUACAUUCCAGGGUAUUUCAAAAGUUAUAUUUUAAACCUUGGUGAAGGACCACUUUUUUUUUGCUAGUUUGUACCAAGUCUAGUAGCAAUUAGCAUUUUUCUGCCUUUUUUUUUUUUACAGGUUACUGUAUAUUUUGCAAUCCUUGUGUGUUACGGCAGUGUAACACCUAAUAUGUGGCUCAGCUAUGUUGUCUUACUACAACAAUUUUCCCAUGUGUACCUUUUUUAGGUAUAUGUGGAUAUGAAAGGGGCACAUUUGAGACACACCACUUUUCAUAUUUUUCAAAAGUGGAUGCUGGGCCUAAGUCUCAUUUUAGCAGCUCAUGAUUGCAUAUUACCUCUCAAAGGCCACAUCUGUCUUAAAAUAUAAGUAGCUCAUCAAUUCAAAUUAUGAAAAAGUGCAUACUAUUUGCUGUGAAAGGGGUGAAUGUUUGGUGUAGUACCCAGUUAUCUGGGUCCCGGGCAACGCGUCACGGAUUCCGGAACCAAAACACAGACCACAAAGAGAGAAUGCAGAGAGAGAAAACUUGUAAUAUCGGUCCUUGUAACACACCUUGCACUUUUUCUGGGGGUUGAUGGAAUCCUAAAGUAGAAGUGACCUGCCUCCAUUCUUCUGCUAGUCCCCACUGCUGGUCCCCCUCUGUGGCACUCAAGCAACCCAGAAGUUAGCGGAAACUGAAAUGAUAGAAACGUGCAUUUCAGCUCAGCACUUGCCAUUUUAAAAAUUACAAAGGCAUUGUGGAUUGCCGUCUGCAUUAUAUAUUUCUCUCUCUCUUUCUCUCCCUUUUCCCCCUUUCUGGCACACUGGUGGGGUACCAUCUCUCUUUCCUGACGAUGAGACUCUUGAUUGUGUGCCAGAUACUGCUCAGCGUACAGAUUAGUCUGGGUGACUAUCUCCCCAAAAAUCUCAUCUCCCAAGAAAAGCUGCUUACAAUCCAGCGCAUUAUAGCCAGACAGGUCAGCCUGUAUGCCAGGAAUGGCAGUGAACUCUAGGUACCCCCUAAUAAUUUUUCACCAGUCAUUUGCGCUAUGUUCAGCAUUAUUGGAAUCUGUGAUUUCUCCUGCAGUAUCUGGCGCACAGUCUCUGUUCCCUGCGUCAUUCUCUGAGGCAGUGUCGGCUGCCUCUGAGUCGGCCGCUAACCGGGUAUAAGCGUCCUCUGCGCUAUACUUCCUAAGCAUUAUGUAUUAAGGUAAUAAACUUUAACUAAACGUUACUUUUUUUCACUUUUCACCCCUAACUAGCUUAUCACUAAAAUUCCCCAAUUCCCACUAAAUUCCACUCAACUAACAAUCACAAAUUAAUCAAAUAUUUAAAUUUAACCCCUGUGAGCAAAAAAAAAACCUAGAUCACAUUAAAGUACUGUGAUCUGUAUUUUGAUCACUGCUGGCAGUAAAGGGGAUUUGGAAUUUCUACUGACAAUUUAUUCUCUUUAGGGACACAAUGUAACAAUCAAUUUCUCCCCACUUCACAAACCCACAAGAGGUGGAGGGAGGCGGAUCUGAUAUCCCAGCAGCAUUGUGACCACUGUGACUGGCUUUCACAGCGAUCACAUGGGCUGGGACAUCGCAAUUUACUGUUGCUGGUCUGCCCCUAACUCGGAGGCACCCAGCAACAGCGUUAACCCCGCAAUUGCCAGCACCGCAGCGAUCUGGGGUUAAUUUUAGCGCAUGAUGGUUAGUCGCCAGUCAUGAAGGGGUUAAUAGAAACAUAGAAUGUGAUGGCAGAACCAUUCGGCCCAUCUAGUCUGCCCAAAAUAAAGUACUCCUAUACUACAUAUAUACAGCUCUUUAUAUACUUGCCUCACAUCCAGUUCUGGUUGCUGAUCUGGGUCCAUGUGUAUCCCUAGGUGGGGAUCGUUCCACCUAAAGUUUUAUACACUAGAGCAGGUCCAUUGGAUUUAAAAAAAAAAAAAAAAUUUUUUUUUGGCCAUCACCCACUCAAGUACCAAGCAUUGCUGACAUCUUAACACCUUAGUGACCUCUAACAUAUCUGGUAUGUCUGACCAAAAAUGGUCCUUAAGGACCAUGGAUGUACCUGAUACGUCCGCGGCUAAUUAGAGUGCUGGAUGCGAUCAUGAUCGCUUCCAGCUGCUCUAACUGUAUUGCAGCGAUGCCUCAAUGUCGAGGCAUUGUGUGAUACCCCUCCUCACUGCCGGGUGAUAGCUCGCCUGGAGCGAUCGCUUCCAGGUUGCCCCAAUAAAUUUAACCCCUUCCCUCUCUAUAUGUACUGACCCAUCGCCACCGUUCCCCCGCCAGCGAUCAGUGUUCUUUUAUGGGCGACUAUCAACCCGUUCCCCCUCUGCAAAUUAGGACCCCCAGGGGCCAGGUUACAUGGCCGCAAUAGGUGUCCAUAGUGCUGCCAGCAGGGGAAUGUCUGAAUUGACAGGCAUUCCCCUUGCUGGUGAAAAAAGUAAAAAAAAAAAAAAGUGUUUAAAAUAAAAUAUUAAUGUUCAUAAAGUAUGUAUAUAUUGUAACUAAAUCCCUUAUUAAACAGACCAUACGAACCAGCCUGUUUGGUUAUUUGGAUGAUUACAGCGGGAUUUCGUGCAAAGAGCGAGAAAAGCGAAUGAACUACCGAACCACCCGACCUCCCACUGAGGUUGUGUGGCGCCUAUUAACCACCCAGACUGUUGCGGUUAACCACAGACUAAUUGGGGAAUAGCUGGUGGUCUGCGUUCGUUUACGGAACACGUGGCAAUCGCCAUUUUGUAUUGUCGAACACUCAGCGGUAAAUGGCGAGGAUUCCCUGGAACUAAUUUCGGCUACUUAUUUUGUCGUACACCGCUGCUACCUCUUCAAAUCCUCGUUCGUACGGUGGAAAAACACACAAAUGAAGGAGAUACUUCAUUCGUGCACUGGAAGUAUGCAAAAGUGACCGACCCCAGAUAGCUACAGUAUGGAACUUGUAGUCGGCUACAAACACACGAACGGCUGGCGAAAGCCAAGCUUCAGUCGACGUUUCUGAGAACUGUGUUCGUAGGAUUUGAGCGCUAUUCGCCUAGAAUAUGCACUCGGAUCCAAGCUAUCUGGGGAUAUGUGGGACUUAAAGUUUAUGUUAUGUAAAAGGAAAGUUAUAGAUUUUUAUGCUGUUUUGCUAAAAUAAAAGCCAUGUUUCUUUCUACCUGGAGAUAAUUAAGGCUCUCUUUGCUACCUUAAGUUAAUUAUCUCCAGGAUGGAAAAGAGGGAGUGAUUUAUGUAAAAGGGGAGUGCUUAUGCUAUAGCCACAGUGAUUGGCUACUGUGAUACUUUUGUCCCAGUCUUCCAUCUGGUCCCCUAGGGGAGUGUCCACCAGGUGGGAGACCUGCAUAAAUAUCGGGCGAGUAGCCCACAGUAAAUCAGAUCGUUUUACCCCUUCAUGAAGUCUCGACUCAUGUUUGGGGUAUUGGGAGUUAUAAUCACUUCGUUUCAGCUUUAUUUCGGGAGAAGCUGCAAGGAUCAUCGCUGCACGAAUAGAAGGAUCCUUUACAUAUAUAAGUAUAUUAUUAUUCUUAUAUACAUAUAUAAAAAAAUACACUUAGAGUAAGUGUGUAUGUAUAUAUAUUUAUAAAAAAUAAUAAAUUAAAAAUAAAAUGUAAUUUCAAAUAAGGCCGUUUUUUCACAUUUGAAAUUUGUCAGAUUGGUUAUGUUGCCUUUGAGAGCGUAUGGCAGCCCAGGAAUGAGAAUUACUCCCAUGAUGGCAUACCAUUUGCAAAAGAAGACAACCCAAGGUAUUGCAAAUGGGAUAUGUCCAGUCUUUUUUAGUAGCCAAAGUUAGCAUUCAUUAUUGUUAGCAUUUAUAUUUGUGUUUUAAAAAUGCAAAGUUUGGCCAGUGUUUGUGACUGGCUACAAAACAAGACCGGAUUACCCCCAUAUUGAAUACCUGGGUUGUUUACUUUUCAAAAAUAUAUGGUUUGAUUGGGGUAAAUUACAUUGACCGGCUUCAUAAAUGGCACAAAUAGGACAUGGGUGCAUGAUGACCAGCUGUGAAAAUUCCAAGUUGGAAAACUGGAAUGCACACCCUUGGUCUUUUAGCUCCCAGAGAAUCCAGCACACCUAUACAUGGGGGUAUCACUGUAUUAAGGAGAUGUUGCUAAACACAUAUUGGGGUGUUCUUUUGAACCUUAAAAUUCUCCAUACAUGUAUUCUUAAAUUGCUGUGUGUGUCAAAAAUCACCAAUUAAUUUAUUCAUUUUAAAUUUGGCAUAGAUUGGUGGUGAAAUGGUUGCAUGAAAAGUCAAAAUACCUCAAGUUUAAUACCUUAGGUUGUCGUCUUUUAAAAAAAUAUAUAUAUAAAUGUGAAGGGUUAUUCAGGGAUUCCUAAAAGACGUGUUACAAUGUAACUUGCGCUCAUUUUGAGGAAAAAAAAUGGUUUGGAAAUAGCAAAGUGCUACUUGUGCUUAUAGCCCUAUAACUUUCCACAAAAAAGCCAAUUACAUGUUAACAUUGGGAAUUUCUAAACUCAAGACAAAAUUUAGAAACUAUUCAGCACAGGUGUUUUUUGGUGGUUGUAGAUGCGUAACAGAUUUUGGGGGUCAAAGUUAGAAAGUGUGUUUUUUUUUUUUUUUUCAUAUUCUAGAAUUAUUUUUUUAUAGUAAAUUAUAUGAUGAAAAUUAUAUCUUUAGAAAGACAAUUUAAUGGCGAGAAAAACAGUAUAUAAUGUGUGGGUACAGUAAACGAGUAAGAGGAAAAUUACAGCUAAACACAAACACUGCAGAAAUGUAAAAACAGCCCAAGAAAAUUGAAAAGCGGUCUGGUCACUAAGGGGAUAAAGAUAUCCUUAGAUGGGGAUUAUACUGUCAAGCCCCAUGAAAUAGAGCUUAUAUAGCUCUAUAAAGCGUGAGCUAUACUGCACUAUUGUCAUUACGCUGCACUAUUAUUUCAUCUUUUUGUUUUAAGUGACAUAUUCUUGGAAAUUGACAUCUCCUGUUACGUAUGUAAUUUGAAAUUUCAGCACUGUUCACCUUGUUUUUGAUUGUAUUUAUUUGUACUUCACAAGGAUGGGGAAACUCCUUGUUGGUGAACUGCAGCAAUUGUAUCGGACUGCUUAUUCUUUUGUUAUAGUUCAGGUCUCAACAUGUUUGCUCACUUACAUGUUUUCCAUUGCAAAGGGAAGCAUAUACCAUUUGCAUUUCAGACUGAUCCCACUCAUAAGGGCAGUGCAGAACCGAGAUGCAGACAAGAUACAAGAACCCUGGGCAAUGGUUUUCGAGGUGUAGCUGAUGCCACUAUAGGCGCACGGGGUCCACGACUGGCUGACUAGGUCCAAAGAAGGCUGAAAAACUGUUGUGGGGGUGAUGCAUCUUUUGUGCAAAGAGAGCUUGUCAGCAUUUCAGGUCUGGGCUGCCCCUGUGGGUGGGAUCAAUCUGAUAUGCAAAUGGUAUUGGUUCUCUUUGUGAUGGUAGAAGUGAGUAAAAACAUUUUGAGAUCUAAGCGGGAACACACCAAAGGACAAGCUACUGAGUUUCUCUAAGCUUUUACCUGUUCCCGAGGUUCUUAUAUCCUCUUCUUUUGAAAUUAGUAAAAGACAUUAAUUUGAUCCCAUGCUGGAGAUGUGGGCUUCUGCCUGCCACAACCCUCAGUGAGUCAAUUUAUUAAACCAGGCCAUUUGUGAGCCCAAUAACGUUUUUGGCACUAUAGUACUUUUGUCAAGUCUGGUCCACUUGUAGCUUGGUUUUAAAAAAAUUCAUAACUGAAACUUGAGUGAGUUGCAACUGUGUUUUGAACUUCUAAUUUUCAGGCAGUUUAUACUCUUGCUCUUGUAGCCACUUCCCAGAUUAAUCACUCUUUAUAAUCUAAAGCUUUUCAGUGCAUUUGUUGAAAUACGUUAUUAGAACGGUCAUUUGUUGAAUAAGGCUUCAUUAUUGCUGCAAUUUCUAAAUAUGUACCUUGACACUUCUCCCACAGCGGCUGCCUAAUAUUUGACCUGUUAGUAUUAAAAAUGAUCUACCUAUCUAAAUCUGCAAGUUGUGAAUUUAGGGGAAGUAAUCCUGUUUCUGGGUUGGCAUGUAUGGACUUGUUGCAUGUGAGAUUUAAAUACCCCCUCUCACUUUUUUCCCUUAACCAGAAUAAAACGCAUGGCAGGAAUGAAGGAAUCUCAGAUAAGUGCCGAGAUUGAACUCCUGCCAACCAAUGAUAAAAAGAAGUGGGCACGUCCCCCUAUUUCCAUGAACUUUGAGGUGAGCACAUUUUGUGUGGAGGACAGUGUAAGGGGAAAAAAAAACAGGUUAUGUUUGGCUUCAUUUUUAACACUGUAAUUUGUUGUGUUGAUGUUUCCCAACGUGUACUUGACUUCCUGUCAAUUGAUAAGUUCCUAUUUUAAUCAUUUUUAAAUACUAUAGCUAUUUUAAACACUGCACAGAAUGUUUGGAAUGGGUUUUAGCGGAAUGUUACCUAGCCAUUGUCUUGUGGGUUUUUACAGAAAGCAGGAAGAGCAUUUGAAAUAUUCUACACUGCUGACAAUAAGAGAACGCAAUUAGAAUGACUGACAAUUAAAUAUCAUAUGAUUUUUUUCAAUUUGACAAUUUUUAUUUUGUCGGAAAACAGAGGUUCUGAGGGGUACAGAAAGGAAAAAUAUCAUAUGAUUUUUUAACAUUCUUUUCCUAUUGAUCCCAACUAAAUUGAAGUUGUACAAAUAAACUAGAACUUUGUCCACAUGACAUUUCAUGCAUUUUAUUUUCCAAAACCAAAUUUAAAAUUUAUUUGAUUGUUGGGGGCAUGAGGUGAUUUCCAGUAACGUGGUAAGCAAGAUGUAGCAGCAAUUAAAAUGUGGCCAAGAUACCAUCGAUAUAGGAGCUUAUAGUGAUUCUUAAAAUGGUUUGUGCAAUACGUAAUACCUUUUAAGAGCUGUAAAAAAGUUGAACCAUUCCUCUAGACCAGUGGUUCCUAACACAGUCCUCAAGUACCCCCUAACAGAACAGGAUUUAGGGAUUACCCGGUUGUGUUUUUAGACACAACUGGGUAAUCCCAAAAUCCAGGACUGGGUUGGGAACCACUGCUCUAGACGAUAUUGCGUGCCUAGCUCCUUCUCCCAUGAAGUGUCCUGAUUUACAAGAGGGUUCGGUGUUAUAUAAUUAACAUAGAGACAGCAGCCCUUUACGUCCCGGGUCCUGUAAAAAUAAUUUUUCUAGUUUAGAACAUUCCAAAGUUUUAUAGUUUUUAUCUACUUCCACAUUAUUUUUCCUUCAGUUUUGCACUGAUUACUGUGUACUCCAUUCUCAUGGUUUCAGGUAAGCUAUAUUUAAAUUGUAAAAAAAAUUCACCCCCUCCCGCUAUUCUCAAAUUACUGGGGAGGGUUCUUGGCCUUUGAGAAGGUUUUAUUUUAUUUUUUUGUUGCCCAUGCUUUGUGAUCACAAAAAAAUAUUGAUGUGAUGUUAUGGCUACCUAACUUGUAAUAUCUUUUUUUCUCUAGGUCCCCUUUGCUCCGUCCGGUCUGAAAGUUCGAUACCUGAAGGUAUUUGAACCGAAGCUGAACUACAGUGACCAUGAUGUUAUUAAAUGGGUUCGCUAUAUUGGCAGAAGUGGAAUCUAUGAGACACGAUGUUAAUGCAGCAAUGCUCUGAGGGGAGAGAGCAACUUCCCUCGCUAAACCUUCCUCCCAAUAUAACAUUCUUGGUAAAAUAAGGUCAGAACGUGGACCUUAAACAGAAAGGAGAGAGCUUGUCUUCUACUUUCUGUGGUGGAUGGUUUAAAGAUGCUCAUUCCUUGUCCUGCUUCUUCCGCCCGAUCAUUCUUGCCACAGAGCUGCAUAAUCCAUCCUAGUACUGAUGCUUUCAAGGCUGCUUCAGAACUGGAAGGAUUUACUAUGAAUACUAGGGGUCUCUUACUGAUGUGGGAUCUCCUGUCUUGCUGCGUUGUCUUCAAAAUACCCUUCACAUGCAGCUGCACUUACAUUAUUUUACGGGAAUGCUUCAAGCACUAUAUUCUACAUUGCUUAUUGUAAUUAUGGUGCAAGGAGGUAAUGAGAAGUCUCUCUCCCCUCCUCUCUCCUACCCCCCAGUUCCUCACACUGCAAUUUCUCAGCACUUAAAGCACUCUCCUUACUGAGAAUGCCCAAAAUAUAGAAUGAGCACAUGUUGUGCCUAUUCGUUGUCAUUAACCCCUUUUGGUGUGACAAAACUGAUGUUAAUGCUGAAUUAUUUUGUGCGUAUAGGGACUUCACCCACUGCCACCUUACAUUAUAACCAUUACAACAAACUAGUAUUUAUGGUGCUAGAGGUGUUCUGUUAACUCCGUAAGUCUGUGAAUAUUGCUGGCAGAUAGUAUUCCUAAAUAGUGUAGUGCACCCCGCACGCUGUCCAUACUACCCCCUUCUCUUACUAUAGCGUCCUGUUUUGUGUCCCCAAGUAUUUCUCUCAUUAGAGCUGUGAGCACUGCCACAGACCAACAGAGCAUCUCCAGAAGAGUGACAGGAAGGAGCAGCUGUGCUCUCUGGCAUUCUUGUCUAUGGCUGGAAAGUGGACUCAUUGCUCUAUUGCAAUGUGUUUAAUCCUCUGUGUGGUUCCUGACCUCACAGUGUUUGUGACCAAAUGAAGGAAAAAGAUUGUCUUGAUUCUUGGUAAAAGCUUUCUCCUUCUUGUCCAUUACAAUGGGAAAGGAAGUAAUAGUCACUCCUUAAAGCAAUCAUUGGGAGUGUAAAGCAUUAAUCAUAUCAUUGCCAGGGAGCAGUUAAAGAUACUAAAUAAAGGAUGGGAUUCCUCACCUUCUCCUGCUGGUGUGGCCCGAUGACUUCUCUCUCCUACACAUGUGCUCUUUGUGCUGUGAUAUGCUGUUUUUUUUUUUUUUUUUUCUUUGUGAUGGUCAAAUUAUAAACCCAAUAAAAAAAUGUAGAAACUAAAGCCAUUGUGUCUUUUGAAAGGUUGAGAAAG